AUACACAAAUACAACUACAGUUGCAGCAUCAUAUGGUGCGAAAGCCAAGCAGCUGAACAACAAACGCAACUUCGUCGCUCUCGCUCUGCUGCUCUCUCUCAAGGUCGUCGCAGUGGGGUCUGCUGUCUCAUCGCAGCACAGAAGACGCCAGAAACGAACUCCACCCGCAACACGUUAGCAAGAGCCAACAACCAACAGCAACGUCGAACCGCAACCCGUUUGAGCCAACGAGGCCGCAACCACAACAGUUUGCGAUACAGUUCUCGACAAACUUUAGACGCGAAUGCAAGUGAGGUAAUUGCCAGCUCCGAAAAAUAGGCAACAAUCUGCUCUCAGCGGAAACGGAAGUAAACAGUUUGAGCGGAGUUUAAGUGUUUGACGUUUUUGCGCGCGUUCCUCAAAAACAUUUCGCCAUUUCAAAAAAUAUAAAACUGUUCCCAACGGAAGCUAAAAUAUCCGAAGAUCACCGCGAUCCUAGGAUAUAUUCCCAAGGCAAACAAAUCUGAUCUUAUUAUCUACGCGCGCGUUGUUGAAAAAAAAGAGUUAAAGUGCAUUUCCUAAAUAUACCAACCUUUUUAACUCCGUUUGUUGCAUUGGAUCAACGAUCGCCGUUGACGGUGGAUUCCUCCUGCCCCAAACGGAAAAAAUGCGAUAUGGAUCGAGAGCGCGAAAGAGAUGUCAAGGCCCUGGAGCCACGCGAUUUGUCCUCCACGGGCCGCAUUUAUGCCAGAAGCGAUAUUAAAAUCAGCGCUUCACCCACCGUCUCGCCAACGAUCUCAAACUCCUCUUCGCCCACACCGACGCCGCCCGCCAGUUCCUCAGUGACGCCCCUGGGCCUGCCGGGGGCGGCGGCGGCUGCUGCUGCCGUUGCAGCCGCUGCUGCCGCCGGCGGAGCGGCAUCGGCGGGGGCCAGUUCCUAUUUGCAUGGCAACCACAAGCCCAUCACCGGCAUUCCGUGCGUGGCAGCCGCCUCCCGGUACACCGCCCCCGUUCACAUCGAUGUGGGCGGCACCAUCUACACCAGCUCCCUGGAGACGCUCACCAAGUAUCCGGAGUCGAAGCUGGCCAAGCUCUUCAAUGGCCAGAUACCGAUUGUGCUCGACUCCCUCAAGCAGCACUACUUCAUCGAUCGGGAUGGAGGCAUGUUCCGUCACAUUCUGAACUUUAUGAGAAACUCAAGACUUCUAAUUGCCGAGGAUUUUCCGGAUCUGGAGCUGCUGUUGGAGGAGGCCCGCUACUACGAAGUGGAGCCGAUGAUUAAGCAGCUGGAGAGCAUGCGCAAGGAUCGCGUACGCAACGGCAACUAUUUGGUGGCGCCACCCACUCCACCGGCGCGCCACAUCAAGACGAGCCCGCGGACGAGCGCGUCGCCGGAGUGCAAUUACGAGGUGGUGGCGCUGCACAUCUCGCCGGACCUGGGCGAACGCAUAAUGCUAUCGGCGGAACGGGCGCUCCUCGACGAGCUCUUCCCGGAGGCCAGCCAGGCGACACAGUCGAGUCGAAGCGGCGUGUCCUGGAACCAGGGCGACUGGGGGCAAAUCAUCCGCUUUCCCCUCAACGGCUACUGCAAGCUGAACUCUGUCCAGGUGCUAACGCGACUCCUCAACGCCGGCUUUACCAUCGAGGCCAGUGUCGGGGGCCAGCAGUUCUCCGAGUAUCUGCUGGCGCGGCGCGUUCCCAUGUGAUAGGCUCAGGCUCUAGCUCCAGCUCCAUCUCCAGCUUCGGUCCGCCUGGAAGCAUCAUCUCCAUCACCAUCAACAGCUUCUGCUCCGGAAACAGCAACUUCACGUUCCGUAUCCUAUUCUGGUGCUGGCCCAGGCCCUAUUCGUCGAGGGCGUCUCAUCCAAGUGCGAUCCAAGCGCUAACUGGCCUAAAUAAAUUGCCAAAAAACCAUUACAAAUAAGGGGAUUUUAUCAAUCUAAAGG